AGCCCAGGAGGAGGAGGCGGCGCAGGCCCUGAGUUCGGAUCCGGCUUCCUGUCGCAACAGCAGCAGCUGCUCUUUCUUUCUCUCUCUCUCUCUCCUCCUCGGAGCCGAAGCCAGAGCCAGGGCCCUCUCUGCCGCCUCGCCUUGGAGACCGGGGCUGGGCUCGGUCCCCGACCUCUUUCCCGGAUGGCCCAGGCUCCGGAACCGCACUCCGAAUCCCAGAGUCUACCAUCGACGGAGGCGUCCUCUGUGGUCCUAGAGUGGCCCUCGGGGCAAAUGGCGGAAGGGUCCAUGUGGGCUCUGGUGGCGGCCAUCCAAGCCAUGGAGAACAAAAUGGACUCCUUGACCUCCCGGCUGGUGAGCCUCGAAGGACGGACAGGGACGGCCGAGAAGAAGAUCUUCGAAUGUGAGAAGACGGAGCUAGAAUUCGGGAACCAGCUGGAGAGCAAGUGGGCCACCCUGGGAACCCUCAUCCAGGAGUAUGGGCAGCUCCAGAAGAGGCUGGAGAACAUGGAGAACCUACUCAAGAACCGGAACUUCUGGAUCUUGCGAUUCCCACCCAGUGACAACGGAGACGUCCCAAAGGUGCCAGCCACCUUUGAUGACAGCGCCGCCUUCUCCAAAGUGGAAUGGGAGAAACUGGAGGACUGGCAGAAGGAUCUCUACAAGAAUGUCAUGAAGGGAAAUUACGAGUACUUGAUCUCCCUCGACUAUGCAAUUUCCAAACCGGAUAUUCUCUCCCGGAUUGAACGAGGGGAGGACCCUUACACACACGACCGCCAGCGUGACACAGAAGCAAGAGGAGACCCCCCGGAUCCUAGCCUGGGCUCUCCUGCCCCUGCCUUGGAAAUUGCCUCCCAGAUCAAGCGAGAGCAAGGCCGCCUGCAGGAAGAAAAAGAGGCAAAGGGAGAGGAAGGCCAGGCAGAGGCUAAAGGAACAGCCCCAGCUGAGGGUUGGCUGGUGAGCCAAAAGAGAAACUCGGGGGAGCCUGAACCCCACUGGACUUUGGCAGAGAGAUCUGAGGAACACUUUCUCCAGGAGGUGAAUGACGGCAAAGGCCGGGGACACACACAGCUUUUGGGAGGAGCCGAGAAGACUGGCCUCCCCAUGAUGCAGGAGGGUUUGGAUCUGGGCCUCCUGAACGGCCGAGGAGUUCCUCGUCCUGCCCAGCAGUCUCCCUCUGAGCAUCUCCAUCCAUGUCUCAACUGCAGCCACUGCUUUGGUCGGAAGGAGAGUUACACCCAACGCCGUUGCUCGCAUGCAGAGGAGGAGCGUCCAUACGCCUGCCACGAAUGUGGCAAGGCUUUCGUCCACCAGUCCACGCUGACAACGCACCACCGGACGCACACAGGGGAGAAGCCUUACGCCUGCCCAACCUGCUUCAAGUGCUUCACCCGGCUCUCCACCCUGCUGGAGCACCAGCGGACACACACAGGGGAGAAGCCCUAUGCCUGCUCCGAGUGCGAGAAGCGCUUCACUCGCCUCUCGACGCUGGUGGAGCACCGCCGGACCCACACGGGGGAGAAGCCCUACCAGUGUGCCCUCUGCUACAAAAGUUUCACCCGCCUGACCAACCUGACCGUGCACCAGAACACCCACGCUGGAGAACGGGCCUAUUCCUGUACCCAGUGUGGCAAGAGCUUCCCCCAGAAGGCCUGUUUCUUGAAGCAUCUUCGUAGCCACUCCCGGGACAGGCUCUACCAGUGCCAGGACUGUGCCAAGAGCUUCGCUUGCCACUCCUGGCUGCUUCGCCACCAGAUGAUCCACUCAGGGGAGCAGAGCCAACACUGCAGUGAAUAUCCUGAGAGCUUUGUCCACAAGCACCAGGGGAAGCGCACCGGGGAGCGGGUUUUCCAGUGCUCUCUCUGUGGCAAGGCUUUCCAGGGCCAGCAUAGCCUCGAGAUGCACCAAAGGAUCCAUGCUGAUCUGGGGGAUUCGGGACGAUCUGCUGUUGAAAGCCAGGCUCCUUGUGUGAAAGUGGAGAUGGGAUGAAGAAGGAGCGACAUGCCAGAAGGUUCUCAGCCCAUCCUACACUUCACGGAUAUGGUGCCAGUUCUUGAAUCUGGGACACCUGGCUGCAGGACUGGGUUGGAUGCAGGUGUGGGAGGCACAACCUCCUUUGGGGGCAAAUAAAUCUUACGAUGAUGCACAA